CAGUAGGUAUAUAUAGGUAUCUGAUAUACCUACAUACAUACCACUCCACACAACCAACACAUACAACUUCACGUCAGCAAUGGUUUUUAUAUUUAUUCACUUUCACAGACAUGUAAAUUUAACCUUUUAACAUUGUGAGACCUUCAUUGAUUUAACUAUUGUGAAUAAUGUGUACCUGAAUAUUUUACCAAUAUGAGAAUUUAAACAAGAGCCUGAAAACAGUGCUAUCUUAAAGGACCAUUCUGAUGUGUUUAUCUAAAAAGGGGAUCUGUGGAGCUCUUAGUUAGUGGGCCGACAUCUUAGGACUCAACAGAACACAGAGCAUUUGACAUUUUGAUCAGUUUAAAAGAUUUUUUUAAAAGUGUACAGAGAAUAUCAACUAUCAGUAGCGGUAUCAGUUCUCCGGUGAUUUAUGGCCUUUCUGGAUGUGAAAUAAAUGGAAGGAUUCAAAGAUCAAUCGAUCUAUAGCGUGCUAGUGAUAGCGGUCAGCUGACUUGACCACUGAACCAUCAACUGUGGCUCCAGGCUCCAAAUUCCACACAUCAUAAGAUCACUGACAAGGUGAUCAACACAUCGCCUCCUCAUUUCUAAAAGGUACGCUGAGGAUUUUUACAGGUUGUGUCCCGUCCUAACUAAAGGAAGUUUAAAACCUUUCAUCACUUACUCAGCACACGACCUUUUGGAGCCAGUGAUAUGACUUUUAAACAGUGAAGAGUUCCAACAUGGAGUGUGUUCCCAUAGGAAAUGUGUCAGGGUUAGCUCCCCCAGUAAACUUUACUGAGGCGCAGAAACGAGUCCUCAAAGAUAUCAGCAAUGUCUUUUAUAACUAUGGACUUCCUGUGGUCUGCUUGUUUGGAAUUGUGGGAAAUAUUCUAAACUUGACGAUUCUCACUCGUCGGAAAUUACAGAAGUCGUACCGAACAGUGGAACAGGCUGCGUAUGUGUGUCUUAUUGGAUUGGCGCUGUCAGAUUUAAUGUUCUGUGUUUUUGCCUUUCCUACGACCUUCCUGCCAACCGGCGAGUAUUACAAGACUAAAGGCUUCAUUUUAUAUUAUGGGAUGUAUUCAACAGCAGUCAUCAAUGUGUUCAUCAUGUCAAGUACCUGGUUGACAGUAACCAUGGCAACAGAAAGGUAUAUAGCAAUCUGCCAUCCCCUCAACAGCAAACUCUUUAUGACGCUGAGUAAAACAAAGCUAAUUAUUGUGCUUGUGUAUCUUGUAUCUGUGGCUUUUAAUAUACCAGUGUUGUGGCGCUAUCAAAUUCAUGAAGUGUUAUGUGAAAAUAGGACCUCCAAAGUGUACCAUCUAAAACAAGUGCCUCUGUGUGACAGUAACACGCUGGACCACGGCUACCGUGUUCUUUGGGCCAUCGUCGGAAACUUCAUUCCACUCAUUCUUCUGAUUGGAUUUAACAUCUGCAUCUGCUACAAAAUCCAUAAAUCUUACAAACUGCGACAGAAGUUUCACUGUGAACAGGACCCUAAGGAUCCUAACAACACCCUGACAAUCACACUGAUUGUAAUCAUUGUCAUGUUCUUCAUAUUGGUGGCACCAUCGGAGAUCGUGCUGCACAUCGCCCAGAUCACCAAAAGCGACAGUGAUGCCACUUACAAAGCUAUUGAGGUAGUCAUGAACUUUAUGCAGUCUGUGAACUUCUCUGUGAACUUUGUCCUCUACUGUAUCAUCAGCCCAUACUUCCGCAAGACACUCAGACACAUUCUGUGUUGUGAUUGGUACAACAAUCGCCGAGACUCUUAUAAAUUCAAUAUGACAGACUGUAGCAAGCAACCACUCAAAGGGCCAUGAUUUGGGGCAGAAAUUCCAAUUUCUGUUGACCCUUAUAGAAAGCUUGUCAAAAGACAUGACACCAUUCUGAUCAAUCAAUAUGAGCAACAAGGGCAGGAUUAACAGCUAAUUUACAUAUCGUCUACAAACCAAUACAUAAAUAUCACACCAUCAAUGCCAUGCAAUAGGUUCUAUUUAUCCACAAGAGAUGUCGAUGUACCUGUCAAUAUCCCCUGGCUGGCGAUCAUACUGGUGCAGGUUAAAGCGUGUAUUGUAAGCUUUAUAUCUCAACACCUCUACAUUUAAGAACUUCUUUUUAAAAAGAAAACUUUAACAAUUUUAUUAUUUUAUUUUUUGAAGUUGAUUAACAGUUUGGAAUUCAAAAACAUCUGUAAGGUGUUUUUUGUAAAGAAAUAUUCACUGGUUUCAAAAUCCCUGAUUCAUAUUUUUAUAAAUGAAAAGUGUCUUCUACGUAAUCAAGCUUUGAACAUUUAAUCUCAGAUCAAGAGAAUAGUGUCAAUUUUAAUAAAAAAAUAAUUCCCUUAUGCACUAAAACACCUUUAAAGUAACAGAGUGGACAGUCAGCUUAACCAGGCUAUAUAUAAUUGUCUUUAUAAAAUCAAAAAUAGCCAUCUUCCUCUGUUAUGGCCCUAUAUAACCCUACAUCCCCUAAAUGUGUGGUAUCUCCAUCAGCUAUGGCCCUGACGCUAAAACGUUGCUGUUUAAUAUUUGUGUUUGAAAAAACUUAAAUCAACCUACGAAAAACACACAUUCUAUAACUGAUAUUCAUUAUAAAAAUAGUCAUAUCAUUAUAUAUAAAAGUCACCAGAUAUCAUUGUAUAUAAAAGUCACCAGAUAUCAUUGGAUAUAAAUGUCACUAGAUAUCAUUGUAUAUAAAAGUCAUCAGAUAUCGUUGUAUAUAAAAGUCACCAGACAUUCAUUAUAUAUAAAGUCACCAGAUAUCUAUGUAGAUAUCAUUGUAUAUAAAAGUCACCAGACAUCAUUGCAUAUAAAAGUCACCAGAUAUCAUUGUAUCUAAAAGUCACCAGAUAUCAUUGUAUAUAAAUUAAAGUCACCAGAUAUCAUUGUAUAUAAAAGUCAUCAGAUAUCAUUGUAUAU